GCCUGUUAGAGGCUAAGGUCAUUGUGCACGUGGCCUUAUGGCUAUUUACAUUGUACGAGGAUCAUGACGUUGAAAGACCAAAAUGGCAGCAGCUAGUAAGAGUCAUGUGGAAAGGCAUACGUACAAGGGAGUGCCUCUGGUUGCCCACAUUAAACCGGAAGCCAUGGACAUUAUUCGGGACCUAGAUGUACGUGAUGACGAUGUCUUUAUCGUCACGUACCCCAAAUCAGGAACGUCUUGGCUACAACGCAUCGUCUCUUUGUUGCGCUUUGGCGGUGAUGUCGAGAAAACAGACCAGACAGAAAUAGAUGUUAUAGUUCCGUUCUUAGAAGAAAUGUGUGGAGAAAGCGCCACCUUGAGAGAGAUGCGCGAGGCUCAGUCACCGAGAAUGAUGAAAACCCACACUCGCUUCGACCAAGCACCGUUACAAUUGACACAGGGAAAAGGAAAGGCGAUCUACGUUGCCAGGAACCCCAAGGAUCUUGCCGUGUCCUUCUAUCACUUCCACUUCAUGGUCAACACCCUCCAGACCCCCACAUCGUUCGAAGAAUUCCUACAGAACUUCAUACAUGGCGAAGUGAGCAGGGGAGCAUGGCACGAGCACGUACUUGGCUGGUGGCAGCACAAGGACGACUCAAACGUUUUGUUCCUCAGAUAUGAGGACAUACAAAAGAACACUCGGAAGCAGGUGGAGAAGGUGUCAGAGUUCCUCCAGUGGCACGUGACCCCGGAAGUGAUAGAUAAGGUCGUUGAACAUAGUAAAUUCAGCAAAAUGGCGACCAAUCCUGCUACAAACAAGGUCGAAGGGAAGGAGGUCAAGGCCGGGAUAUUUGACACGUCCAGGGGCACCUUCUUAAGGAAAGGAGUGGUUGGUGACUGGACGUCUCACUUCAGUGAUGAACAGAGCCAAUGGUUCGACACAUUUUACCGGGAAAAACUGGGCCCAAGUGGGCUUAAGUUCGACUUUGAAUGAUAUAGAUAGAAUAAAAAGGUGCCCCCAAAUAUUUUUUUUAGUCCAAUAUCACGUCAUGGCACCAAUCUGAACAUCCAUGUACGUUGAUUUUGUUUUCGGUGUGUCCCAUUGCUUGAGUGUCCGUUGUUAUUUGAACAAGCAUAAUAGCUCUUUCCACGUGGUAAGCACGCAUUACGUUGUGCUGACAGUAUUUUAGUUUUCCAAGUGCUCUUUCCUGACCACAGUGCUGACUUUAUCUUUCUGUCCCAAGUGCUGUUUUCCUGUUCCUCUCUGUAUCUUCCUGCCCAAAGUGCUGAAUAUUUCCCUGGCCCUGACUAUAUUUCCCUGUCCCUGACUAUGUUCCCUGUCCCUGGCAGUAUUUGCAUGUCACUGGUACUAUGUUCCCUGUCCCUGGCAGUAUUUGCAUGUCCCUGGUACUGGCUAUGUUCCCUGUCACUGGUGCUGACUGUGUUUCCCUGUCCCUGACUAUGUUCCCUGUCCCUGGCAGUAUUUCCCUGUCCCUGUUAGUAUCUCCAUGUCCUUGCUGCUGUGUUUUCCUGUCUUGGGUACAUAUAUUUCCCUGUACCUGACAGUUUUUCCAUGCUUCAGCAGGUGCUGACUGUUUCACUGUCACUGACUGUGUUUCCCUUUCCCUGGUGCUGACUGUGUUUCCCUGUUCCUGGCUGUUUUCCUGCCCUUUGUACUGGCAUUUCCAUGCCCCCAGUGCUGUUGUCCUGUCCUGGGUGCUAUGUUCCUUGACCUGACAGUGUUUCCCUGUCCUUGGUGCUGACUGUGUUCCAACGUACCUGGUACUGACUGUUUCCUCAUCCUUAGUGCUGUUUUCCAACCCAAUGUGCUAUGUUCCCUGUCCCCAACUAUGUUUCCUUGUCCCUUGACCAGACAGUGUGUCCCUGGUGCUGAUUAUGUUUCCCUGACAUUGACAAUUCCCUGUCCCUGACUGUAUUCCUCAGUCUCUGUUGUUAUACUAUGUACAGCACUUCUGCAAAUUAAAACCACUGUGAAACUUCCAUUUAUCAUAGCAUACUUAAAAGCAUCUAUAGUAUACAGUUUGUAACUCCCUUUUAACAUUAGAAAUUAGACACAUGAAAGAGUCUGAAUAAAGACACAGGGCACAAGAGUGGGGACAAUUGGGUGAGUUGUUUUAUUAUAACAAAGGGAGGAAUGACUCCCAUAGAAACACUUGUACCUUAUCAUAAACAUUUCUCUCUCUUUGUACAUAUAAAAAAUUAAGUUGUGGUCAGUAUCAGAAGAGGCUCAACCAUAAAUUUGGGCUCAGGUCUCAAAAGUUUCAGACUUACAUAGAAAAAUAAGUGUUGUUUUCGUAGGUAUGGACUAUCCCAGGGAAUUCAGACACCACUCCAAGAAAUCAUCACUAACCCCCCUGCAAAAUGGUAUGUUCCCAUUUAUAGCUGCAAUUCAGAAUGAGCAAAAGCUUGUAUGGAGGAUUUGAAUUUUCCAUGGGACAUUUGAAUUUUAACCCAUAGGCUACAGGGGCAUAUGUCCUCUUUGACCUUUUGCUGACAUGCAGUUGUAAGGUUAAAGGUAUAAGGUGAACAACCUGAGAAUAGACGAUUGCAUCACAUGGUGUCAAAGGCCAUAGGUUAUGACCUACACCUGACUUGGUUGUGUGCAGCCAUUCAAAUGUGCCCAUGGAAAUUUAUGAGUACAAGCUUGAGUGUUACUUUCAUCAAACAAUGUCUAUUUUCCAGAGAAAAUAGGAUGUUUCUGAGGUUUUUGAGUAUGUAUGAGGUUGUCUUCAUGUUUCCCUGCUGAGUAUUUACAAGGCGGUCACAGGUGACCUCUUGGAGAGGUACAUGCAGUACAAUGGUCACUCGCUAGGUGCUGCUGCUGGUCAGCUUGUCAAUACAAAAUUUUUGUCUCCAAAAUCCAGCAGCAAUUCCUAGCAAGUAGGCCCAUUUCUUGGGAGUCGCAGAACUCAAGACAGCUCAUUGCAAAUUGUGUGCAACUUAUCUCCACAUUUCACUUCCAUUGGCAUCAUCUAAGAAUAUCUAACAGCAUUGUGUUCUAAUAUUCAAAUGAAAUUGUGUUCUAACAGAAUUAUUCCCUUAUUUCUUUACCAAGUCCAAUACUUAAACGUAUACAUGUACAUCCAGAACAUGUUUUUUUACAUAGCUCCAAACUGCUUUGGGGUCAGAAGUGUUGAAGUGUCACGUGUUCCAUUGCUAACCAAAAUGCUAUCAUACGAAACCACUUUGAAAUGCUGUAGCGUAAUUUUCACGUGACAAAAUAAAUAAACCAUUUUGUAUUUUGCCUGGUUGGUGUGUUUUGAUGAGCCACAAUGCACACUGCCCUUUCUCAACAUAUACAACACCUCCUUUUGCAAUUUUCCGAAACUGCAGAGUUCUGAGACUGCCCAACUGCCAGUGGAGGGGUUGUGUGUUCACACUAAUGUUGGCCAUCUGCAGCGAGACACUGUUAUAUUUACAUGCAUGCUUCAAGCCUGUGGUAUCUUACCGAAGCAGGACCCACACAAAACCCUGUUUCACAGGAAAAAUAUGUAGAAUUCAUUGAAGCAGAAUAAUCAGCACUGCCCUACUCCCGGACAUUGACAUUACCCAGAAUUCAAUGUAGAAACAGAGUUUUGUGUGGUCAAUGGUUGCUAUGGCAAUGAAUCACCAUGGCAACCCACCUUGACUUUCACUCAUCAAUAAAUUAAAACAAGACAUCACCAUGGAGAUGCUAUAAACAUGCAUUUUGCCUCGCACUAUACCAUGUAAGGGAGUCUAGAUUUAAAGUCCAUAUAAUAUAGUACACCCUCUCUAGUCUUGCUAGUGGGAUGGGGAUUUCUACAUUUGUACAACUCUGCCCACCCCUACAUCUGCUCUCAGUUUCUCUCGAAUUAUACUCCACAAAAUAUUAGCACAUACCAUUCUUAAUUAGGGGUUGAAAGCAGAUGUUGUGCAAACGACAUAAUGGGGUUUCUACAUUUUUUGUCCUCUGUACAAUGAUUCAACAAGCUACAUGAAUAAAUUAUAGUUCACUAGGUGUGACAUGAGCUAUAAAAUACUACCUGUUGGCCUAUGACUACCAACUAAGGAUUGAAUGGCUAAUACAAAAUAAUACAACCGCUUGGAGGUAGAUGCAAGAAAUGUGGAAGGUGUCAUAGGUCAUAUUAAUUUGAGGUCUGUAUGAGAAUUGGUUAUUUGGAAUCAGAUGAAAGGUAUAUUGUCAUUCCGUGACCGUGAAAAUUCUGAACCAGGUCCAACUAUCAGGACGUGAUCGUUUUGGUGAAGUUGUUUCUUUCUACGUUGCGGCGAUAUUCUUCAAACAUCUACAAACCAAGCACAACGCUACAUAGAACAAAACUACUUUGGCUUGAGAAGACAAAGAAAUGGACAAAACACCACCUUUCCAUAAAACCUCACUGUACAUAAAACUUCUUCUUUUUGGCAUAAAAUCUUCACUUUGUGUUCAAAAACUACUUUCUUCUUCUUUGACAUUUUAAAAUCAGUGACCUAGCUGACUUCUUUUUCUCUCUCUCUCUUUCUUAAACCCUGCACCCCUCCGGAGGAAGUGGUAUACCCUGGAUAUAGUGUGUUCGUUGACCACAUAUGGAGUACCACACUCGUCUUAACUAUUUUCUUCACAGAAGCCAACGAUCACUUACUCUCAUGACCAGCAAUAGACACUCUAUUAUACACUCUGUUCCCUAUUCCUCAUUUUACAAUGGAUGCUCAUUUGACAACUGACCUUAAAAAGUUGGUUUUCUUUUAUCAAAAACUUUGGAAUUUGUUAUGGAUGAAUAAUCUCUGACUUUGGUUUUAUAAAACUCUCAGCUCAAAAUGAAUAUUAAACACACAACCAGCUAAAAUCUCUCCGAUGGAAAGGUGGUGCGGCAAGAUACUAGUUUAAAACUACCAAUGGAAACAAGGAUUCUUUUAACAGCUGGACGACAGGACGGACAAUCGUUGCAUGACUGGUAAAAAGGUGCAUGAAAUGAUACUCAACAUAAUUCAGGGCCAUACCACAUGUGAACAAGAUGAUAAUGGUCAAAAUUUGUUUUGCUGCAUAAGUGCAGAUCCCAGCUGUAAUGGCACAAAAGACAACAUCCAGUUACAUUGUAGUUAUAACUCUCAGAAUCCUGACCGAUAACAUUAUCACAAACAUUAUCAUAUUGGCUG